AUGGCGCCGAGCACCGUCCCGCGCGCACUCCUGGCCGUGUCCCUCGUUCUCCUGGUGGUCGGCGGCCUCGGGCCGGCGGCGGAGGCGCAGCCGCCGGGGGGGUGCGUGCCGCAGCUGAACCGGCUGCUGGCGUGCCGCGCGUACCUGGUGCCCGGCGCCGCCGACCCCAGCGCCGACUGCUGCAGCGCGCUGAGCUCCAUCUCGCGCGACUGCGCGUGCAGCACCAUGGGCAUCAUCAACAGCAUCCCCUCCCGCUGCAACAUCGGACGAGUCAACUGCUCGGCUUGAGGCGGAACGAAGAAACGAUGCAAGUCAGAGUGACUAAUAAUGAAGGUUGUCAUUCUGCCGUUGUUGCGGCUGCCUCUUCAUCGCCGUCGUAGUUUUCGUUUGUCCAGUCUGUCAUGUCCUGCUGCUGCUGUCGAUCUCGACGCGUUAAUAAAAUGGACGAUUUGACGCACGGUCACUACCGAUUUCCUUCCUUUUAUGCACCUUCGAGCACUACGUACAUGCGAUUUCACUUUAAGCUCGGCACUUUUCUUCAUUCAAACUCGAUGGAAGUAAAUCCACAUAGCCACGUGGAAAUAUCAAUACUCAAAUUACUGAUGCAGUAAAUCCAGGUUGCCGUGUAGAAAUAUCAAUCAAUACUACUGAAUUCAGUAAAAAAAAAACUACAAUCCAUAAUAUGUUACUGAUGACCAUAAGUACUAAAUUACUGAUGCAAGCUGGCCACUACAUCAGGUUGGGAGGGCCAGGUCACCGAGGUGACC